AGAGAAAACACUCAGACUCUCUCUCUCUCUCUCUCUCUCCAAGGAAACAACGACUUUGCUUUCUCAUAUAUAUUUUUUCUUUCUUUCUCUCAAGGCCUCUUCGAAAUCAGCCUUCGUGGUCAUGAAAGCUUAGCUUCUAUAAAACCCAGGCUUGCUCUUUCACGUGGGUUUCGGCCUCAAAUUUCGUUUCUUUGUCCAUGGAGAUGGAUUCAGUUGAAGGAAAUCACCACGGGGAUUUCAAUGAGGAUGAAUUUGCUGAGAAUUCAUUUUCUCCAGAAGCUUCUGAUAGAUCUGGUGUACUUGGUGACCCUGAGAUACUUCCUAGAGUUGGAGAUGAGUACCAGGUUGAAGUUCCCUCUCUAAUAGCCGUUUCAGACUAUCUCUGGCUUUUAAAGAACCCAACUGUUGCAGAAAGUGCUACUGGCGGUUCCUAUGGUUUAAUAGCGGGGUUGCCCAUACCAGUAAUGUGGAUCAAUGAGGGAGUUGAUGGCAAAAAGCAUGAACCAGAGACUGCUUUUCAUGAUGCAGUUUAUGUAUCCAAUAAAAAUGAGUCGCUGAAAUCUGAACAUGUCAGAGAGACCCUGAUUGUUUCAGCAAGUGACAACAUAAAAUGCAAAGUUGAGCCAAUGGAUGUUAAGUUCGAUCAUGGGGUAAUAUCAGGUGAGUCAACAAAGUUUGUUUUGAAGGAAGAAGUGAUAACUGAAAUGCAUCAGAACGAUAUUGGAAGAGGGUAUCCGGUUCCUGGUUCCGCUGGUGACAACUGGAGUGACAUAGAAGAAGCCAGCUUUCUUCUUGGUUUAUAUAUCUUUGGAAAGAACCUCAUUCUGGUGAAGAAAUUUGUUGGGAGUAAAAAGAUGGGCGAUAUAUUAUCGUUCUACUAUGGGAAAUUUUACAGGUCUGACAGAUACAGGAGAUGGUCAGAAUGCCAGAAAAGAAGGAGUAGAAAAUGUAUAUUUGGACACAGAAUAUUUACAGGGUCAAGGCAACAGGAGCUGUUAUCUCGUUUGCUUCCUGAUGUGUCAGUAGAAUGCCAAAAUACUUUGCUUGAGGUAUCGAAGACAUUUGGGGAAGGAAAAAUUUUACUAGAAGAGUAUGUAUUCAUUUUAAAGGCUAGAUUUGGAUUGAAUGCUCUUGUGGAGGCAGUGGGAAUCGGUAAAGGGAAGCGAGAUCUCACAGGCAUUGCCACAGAGACUUUAAAGUCCAAUCAGGCUGUUCCUGUUCGCCCAGAAAUACCAAUUGGCAAAGCAUGCUCCACACUUACACCAUUGGAAAUAGUCAACUUUCUAACAGGGGACUUCCGGCUAAGCAAAGCCCGAUCAAGUGAUCUAUUUUGGGAAGCUGUCUGGCCUCGCUUGCUUGCAAGAGGGUGGCACUCUGAGCAGCCUAGCCAUGGUUUUUCCACUGGUUCCAAGCAUUCAUUGGUCUUUCUAAUCCCUGGGAUUAAGAAGUUCUCAAGAAGGAAACUGGUGAAGGGAAGCCACUAUUUUGAUUCUGUAACCGACGUCCUGAGUAAAGUUGCUUCAGACCCCGAGCUUCUUGAGCUUGAUAUGGGAGCAAAUAAAAGUUCCGGAAGCAAGGAUGAAAAUGGGUGGACAGAUGAAACAAAGCUGGAUGAAGAAGAUUUCCCUAAUCAGCAACGCCACUGUUAUCUGAAGCCUCGUACUCCAAAACGUAAUGGAGAUGUUGUGAAGUUUACGGUUGUGGAUACAAGUCUGUCUAAUGGGAAGACAUCUAAGGUGAGGGAACUGCGAAGCUUACCAUUUGAAUUGAACACUCCCACCUCCAGUAGUGAUUCUGAAGAUGAUGAUGGGGAUGCUUCUGAGUCAACAGAUAAAUCCAUUUCUGCUGAUAACUUGUGUUCGCAUAGGGAUGAAGUCAAUGUUCCCAAGGCCAUAAAGAUCCGCUUGGGUAGAAAAGAUGACAAAUAUUUUGAAUAUGAUACUUCAAAGUGGGAGCAUCAAGUUUUUGUCCAAGGUGCAAAUAUUCCCGAGGAUGAUAACGUAGGUUUGUGCAAUGACAUGCAACCUAGAAAAGCCAUGAAGUGCCAAAAGAGCCGGAAAAUGGUGUCUCAAAAUAAAAAUCAUGUUGCCCCCGUUUCAAAACGACGUCGAUUAGCUGCUUGUAGUCGAGCAGAGACCACACGCAGCAUGGACCACGUCUUGCAAGGUCGCUUAUUACAACAAGAUGCAUGCAGCUCUGGAGGCCAUCUUGAACUUAGUGAGAAAACUCCCUCUCAAAUGGACCCAUCUGAAGAGAAGUUAUCAUCCACCAGUACUUCAUCUAGAGGUGGCAGCCCAGUCUUUAGUUGUGAAGGCAUUCCUGGCCGCAACAAUUUGCAUGUGGAACAACCUCAUGAGAUUCCUCAGCCCCGUACACUGAUUGACUUGAACAUCCCCAUUUCUCUAGAUGCUGAAACUGAUGAACCUUUCACAAUGAUAGAAAGACAAGAUGAUCAAACAAGCCAGGAACUGGAUGAACCCCAUUCAGUGAUAUCCUCCGAAUGUAGGGGUACUUCUGAACAGCAGCCUACAAUUAACUCUCGGAGACAGAGCACAAGAAAUCGACCACUGACCACUAAGGUACUGGAAGCUUUUGCUUGUGGAUUUUUAGACACAAAGCAGAAGCGGAAGAGUACCGAUGCAUUUCCUGGGGACAGCUCCAAGCCAUCUCGUCGUGCUCGUACUAGGAAGAGGGUUCCUGACAGUUUUGAUGCUAGUCUCGCAGAUUUCAAUAUGCAGGAAACCACAGCCGCUAUCCAUAAUAGUACUGCAGAUGGGUUCAGCAAGGUUGACGUGGUUUCAUAAGUUGCUGAAAAUCCAACUUACAAGUUGAGCAUGGAGCUUCUGGAUACAACAGAGACUGCUGGUUUUGGCUGCUAUCAUAACCGUUAUGAUAUAUAGCAAAGCUAACAAUCGCUUCUUCCUCCUGCACUGUAUAUGGUGUUACAUACAAAUUUCACAUAGGGGAGUCGGAUUAGUAGUGUCUUUGCAAGAGACAUUACAUCAGAAAAAGCAGCACCAAGAAUCGGAAAGCCAAGAUGAGAGUUAAAAGUUACCUUCCCCUCAACUCUUAGUUCAACAGCAUUUGAUAAAUCAUUACUGUAUCUCAUGUACAAUUUGCUUUAAAGUGGUUGUCUUCUUUUUUUUUUUUUUGGUUGCAAUACCAACCCAUAAUGUCAACGAAAGUCAGGUGACUGCUGCAUUGCUUGCAUUCUGAUCAAA